GUUACUGGUGAAAGUUGAAACAAGGAAGAAGGGUGUAUGUAGGCGGAACCAGCUGUGUACUGUAUGUCAGACGAAUACGAAACAAAUAGGGUGCUGCAAAUUAUUCAGAAACGUACUCUAACGUUACAAUUCUUGAAUUGUUAUCGACAUAUUUUAAGAAUGGAUUUAAACAGUAUCCUGUCUCAGCUCGAGACUAACAAUGAAGAGGAAAUUAAAAGGCUUUUGCACCAGUACAACGGAGAGAAUAGUCGCACAUUCACCUUUGACCCAAAAGAGGAGGACCUACGAAGUAGGCUGUGUCAGGGUCUGCUGACUGUGCUGGGGAGGCAGGUUGGGUCCUGCUGCCAGAGCACCUGCCUGGAGACCCUUCGCAUCCUGUCCCGGGACAAGCGGGUCCUGGGCCCUGUGGGCACCCGGGAGGGCAUGCUGGUCCUGGCCGGGCUGGCUCGGCUGCAGGCUGGAGAGGAGGGAGGUGACAGUCUGCAAGAGGAUGCCCAGACAGAGGAGGAAGAGAGAGUGGUGGUGGAGGCCCUUAAGUGCCUGUGUAACGUGGUGUUUAACAGCGUGGCAGCACAGCAGGUGGGUGCCGAAGUGCAGCUGGCACGUGGUCUGUGUGCCCGCAUGCACGCCGCCCGUGCCGGGUGUCACGAGGUGGGCCUGUUCUCCCUGCGCCUGCUYUUCCUGCUCUCGGCUCUGCGGCCAGACGUCAGGGGGGGCCUCCAGAGGGAGCUGCAUGCCGUGGGGCUCCUCACAGAGGUGCUGGAGCGUACCCUGGACCUACGCUGGGUGGGCCCCUACGAGGUGGCCCAUCCAGGCCUCCAGGCCUUGCCUAUCCCUGCUGAAGACAACGAGAGGGCCAUGGAGGCCCUGAAAGCCUUGUUCAACCUCACGCUGUCUGACACUAGCGAUGAGGGUGGUGACCACCAGCUCCGCCUUGUCACCGCCAUCAUGCGCCAUCUAUUGAUGCUAAAGACUCAGACAGAGGACAAAACAGAGGAAGCACACAGCCACGCCAUCAACCUGCUGAGUAACCUGCCAGUGUCAUGUCUGGAUGUGCUGAUUGACUUGCCGGUCCAGGGGGGCCAGGAGGAGUACAGCGGGAAAAACAUGGACGCUGUGGAGGUGCUACUGGACUUUAUGGAGAAGAGGAUAGACAAGCAGGGUGCCAACUACAAAGAGGGGCUGACCCCAGUGCUCAGCCUGCUGACCGAGGGCUCCAGGUACCACAGGGAGAUCCGCAGAUACAUCAAGACACAGGUGCUGCCCCCGCUGAAGGAGGUCAAGGUCAGGCCGGAGAUAGGGUCCACCGUUAGGAACAAGCUGGUGCGCCUCAUGACCCAUGUGGACAUGGGCGUGAAGCAGAGCGCUGCAGAGUUCCUCUUCGUCCUCUGCAAAGAGAGUGUGGACCACCUGUUGAAGUACACUGGGUACGGUAACGCAGCAGGACUCCUGGUAGCUCGAGGCCUGCUGGCAGGGGGGCGAGGAGAGACUCUGUACUCAGACGACGAAGACUCUGACACCGAAGAGUACAAAUCGGCUAAACCUUUAAUCCAUUGGACCAAGGGGUGUUUCAUCAAUCACUUUUACGUGACACCACUUAAGUGYGACUCUAGUGGCCAGGGCUGUUCGAUGUUGGUUCUGGAGUGCACUUCUGGCUUUCAUCCUCUCCUUCUAAAAAGGGACUUAUUCAGACAAGGGACUUAUUCAGACCUGGGACACCAGGUGAGUGCCAUUAUCUUCCAGGUAUUAACAAAAAACAGAAGUGUUUUGGCCUUCCAGAAUUGAACAGCCCUGCGUUCUAGCCAAACAUUCAGGACAGUCAAGCAUUGGGUCAUUUUCACCAUCAUUAUUAGGCUGUUAUUGUAAAUAAGAAUUUGUUCUUAACUGACUUCUUAACUGACUAGGUUACACAUAUUACGUCUUCUCUCUGUCCUAUCUCUG